UCUGUAGAGGAUGCCAAAUGAGAGAACCCCCCACCCAAGUCAAACUCAGGAGCAAGAAUGUUUACAGAGUCAGUGUGUCAAUAAUAAUGAUAUGGCGAUCAAGCAAGAACAUGAUGGCCAUGCGGAGGUGGAGGAAAGCCUCCCCGCUUGUUGGUCUGCCAUUGGACCAUCCACUUCUGCUGAGGGGUGUCUGUCGGAAGUUCCGAGGAGAGGGCCGGCCCUGCUGCAUAUUGACAGACAUCAGAUCCAGGCAGUGGAGCCGAGUGCGCAGGCCCUUGAACUGCAGGGGUUGGGUGUGGAUGUCUAUGACCAGGAUGUGCUGGAGCAAGGUGUGCUUCAGCAGGUGGACAGCGCCAUCCACGAGGCCAGCCGAGCGGCCCAGCUCCACGAUGCGGAGAAGGAGUAUCGAUCAGUCCUGGAUGACCUCACGUCAUGUACGACAUCCCUAAGGCAAAUCAAUAAAAUUAUUGAACAGCUUAGCCCUCAAGCCGCCACCAACAGAGACAUCAACAGGAAACUAGAUUCUGUAAAACGACAGAAGUAUAAUAAGGAACAACAGCUAAAGAAGAUCACAGCAAAACAAAAGCGGCUCCAGGCCAUCCUUGGAGGAGCAGAGGUAAAAGUUGAACUCGAUCAUGCCAGUGUGGCGGAGGAGGAUGCAGAACCAGGGCCAUCCUGUCUCGGCAGCAUGCUCAUGCCUGUCCAGGAGACUGCUUGGGAGGAGCUCAUCCGCACUGGCCAGAUGACACCUUUUGGUACCCAGAUCCCUCAGAAACAGGAGAAGAAGCCUAGAAAACUAAUGCUCAAUGAAGCAUCAGGCUUUGAAAAGUAUUUGGCAGAUCAAGCAAAACUGUCUUUUGAAAGGAAGAAGCAAGCUUUUAAUAAAAGAGCAGCUAGAAAAGCUCCAGCUUCUGUCACUUCUGAGCUGAGCCCAACACUCAAUGAAAACAAACCAAAUGAGGGAAGCAAAGUUCUCUCAAAAACAGAUAAGCGCUUGAAAAAGCACAUCAGGAAACUCCAGAAGAGGGCUCUUCAGUUCCAGGGGAAAGUGGGACUGCUGAAGGGAAGGAAACCCUUGCAGUCUGAUCUGAGGCCAAAGGCAGAGGGGGACUCUGAGAGUGAAGAGUCCGAGUACUUACCCACGGAGGAGGAGCGGGAGGAGGCGGCGGGGGCCGACUUGUCCGGAGAAGGCACUGACUGUGAAUUGAGUCCUGUGCUCAAGCGGCCAAAAUGGCAGAAGAAGGUCACAGUGCUGGGGAAGAAGGUCACAGUGCCGGAGAUUGAUGAUGACUUUUUUCCAAGUUCUGGGGAUGAAGCUGAAGCCGCAGGAGGAGGAGGAGGUCGGAAAGUGGUGAGACGCCGGGACGACGGAGAUGAAGAUUGUUAUAAGCAGCGGUUAAGGAGAUGGAAUAAACUGAGACUGCAAGACAAAGAGAAGUAUCUGAAGCUUGAAGACGAUUCUGAGGAAAGUGAUGCCGAAUUUGACGAAGGUUUUAAAAUGCCGGGUUUUCUGUUCAAAAAGCUUUUUAAGUACCAGCAGACAGGUGUUAGGUGGCUGUGGGAAUUGCACUGCCAGCAGGCAGGAGGAAUUCUGGGAGACGAAAUGGGAUUGGGCAAGACCAUCCAGAUAAUUGCCUUCUUGGCAGGUCUGAGCUACAGCAAGAUCAGGACUCGUGGUUCAAAUUACAGGUUUGAGGGGUUGGGUCCGACUAUAAUUGUCUGUCCAACAACAGUGAUGCAUCAGUGGGUGAAGGAAUUUCACACGUGGUGGCCUCCCUUCAGAGUGGCAGUUCUGCAUGAAACUGGCUCCUGUACCCACAGAAAGGAGAAGCUAAUUCGAGAUAUUGCUCAUUGUCAUGGAAUUUUGAUCACUUCUUACUCCUACAUUCGAUUGAUGCAAGAUGAUAUUAGCAGGCAUGACUGGCACUACGUGAUCUUGGAUGAAGGACACAAAAUUCGAAACCCAAAUGCUGCUGUCACCCUUGCUUGCAAACAGUUCCGCACCCCUCAUCGCAUCAUCUUGUCUGGCUCACCAAUGCAAAAUAACCUCCGAGAGCUGUGGUCGCUCUUUGAUUUCAUCUUCCCGGGAAAGUUGGGCACAUUGCCCGUGUUUAUGGAGCAGUUCUCAGUCCCCAUCACCAUGGGGGGAUACUCAAAUGCCUCCCCCGUACAGGUUAAAACUGCUUAUAAGUGUGCAUGCGUCUUACGAGAUACCAUAAAUCCAUACCUGCUGCGGAGAAUGAAGUCAGAUGUCAAAAUGAGCCUUUCUUUGCCGGAUAAAAAUGAACAGGUCUUAUUUUGCCGUCUUACGGAUGAGCAACAUAAAGUCUACCAAAAUUUCAUUGAUUCCAAAGAAGUUUACGGAAUUCUCAAUGGAGAGAUGCAGAUUUUCUCUGGACUUACAGCCCUGAGAAAAAUCUGCAACCACCCUGAUCUCUUUUCUGGAGGCCCCAAGAAUCUCAAAGGUAUUCCAGAUGAUGAACUAGAAGAAGAUCAGUUUGGAUACUGGAAACGUUCUGGGAAAAUGAUAGUCGUUGAGUCCUUAUUGAAAAUAUGGCAAAAGCAGGGUCAACGAGUAUUGCUAUUUUCUCAGUCAAGACAGAUGCUGGACAUACUUGAAGUAUUCCUUAGAGCCCAAAAGUAUUCCUAUCUCAAGAUGGAUGGUACCACUACAAUAGCUUCAAGACAACCACUGAUUACAAGAUACAAUGAGGAUACAUCCAUAUUUGUGUUUCUUCUGACUACUCGAGUAGGCGGCAUAGGAGUCAACCUGACCGGGGCAAACAGAGUCAUCAUCUAUGACCCCGACUGGAACCCAAGCACAGACACGCAGGCCCGGGAGCGAGCGUGGAGGAUAGGCCAGAAGAAACAGGUGACGGUGUACAGGCUUCUGACUGCGGGCACCAUUGAAGAGAAGAUUUACCACCGACAAAUCUUCAAGCAGUUUUUGACAAAUAGAGUGCUAAAAGAUCCAAAGCAAAGGCGAUUUUUCAAGUCCAAUGAUCUUUAUGAGCUGUUUACUCUGACUAGUCCUGACGCAUCCCAGAGCACUGAAACCAGUGCUAUUUUUGCAGGAACUGGUUCAGAUGUUCAGACACCCAAGCGCCAUUUAAAAAGAAAACUUCAACCGGCCUUUGGAACAGACCAUAACAUUCCAAUAAGCAGCAAGUUUCCUGACUCUAAUGCAUCUGCAAAUGAUGCCCCAUCAUCUGAAGAGAAAUCCACAGCUCUAGGGGCUGAAGUAAAGGCAGUAACUUCUAAUCAAGGGGAUCCUUUGAAAGAGGUCCCUGAAACACCUGGUAAUCUAACCAGCAGUGACAGACUUGGAGAAGAGACAAGUGCAGCGUCUGGACUAGAGGAGUUGCCAGUGAUUAGUGGAAAUGGGGAGUGUUCAGAUUCUCCAAGAAUCAGCAAAAUGUCCAGGACAUCUGGUGAGGAAAGCGUCGAUGAAAAGCAAGGUCUUUCUGUCAAAAAAGAAAGCUGCCAGGUUCAAACAGAACCUCUUUGGGAGAGGGAACAAAUGGAAAAUAAUUUUUAUAAGCACAAGUCAAAAACAAAACACAAUGUGGCAGAAGAAGAGACCCUGGAGAAACACCUGAGGCCGAAGAAAAAGCUGAAGAACUCUACGCAUCGCAGAGAUGCCAAGUUUGAAGGCACGCGGAUUCCACACCUAGUGAAGAGAAGGCAGUACCAGAAGCAAGACGAGGAUGAGCGUGAGCCCAAGGAACGGAGCCAUGACGAUUAUGUUCUGGAAAAGCUUUUCAAGAAAUCAGUCGGAGUGCACAGUGUCAUGAAACACGAUGCCAUCAUGGACGGAGCCAGUCCCGAUUAUGUGCUGGUGGAGGCGGAGGCCAACCGCGUGGCCCAGGAUGCCCUGAAGGCGCUGAGACACUCUCGCCAGCAGUGUCUGGGAGCAACGUCUGGUGUUCCCACCUGGACCGGCCAGAGGGGGAGUUCUGGUGCACCAACCGGAAUAAAGAGCAGAUUUGGUCAGAAAAGGAAUUCCAGCUUCUCUGUGCAGCAUCCUUCUUCAACAUCUGCAAAGGAGAAAGGCCAGGAUGGCAUCAUGAAAAAGGAUGGAAAAGAUACUGUUUCUGAGCAUUUUAGUGGAAGAGUGGAAGAUGCAGAGUCUUCCUCCGGGGCCCUCAGUUCGUCCUCACUGUUGGCUAAAAUGAGAGCUAGAAACCACCUGAUUUUGCCAGAGCGAUUAGAAAGUGAAAACAUGCACCUCCAAGAGGCUUCUGCUCCACCGCCCCCCACCACAGAGCACGAUGACCUGCUGGUAGAGAUGAGAAACUUCAUUGCCUUUCAGGCCCGUGUGGAUGGCCAGGCCAGCACUCGGGAGAUACUGCAGGAGUUCGAGUCCAAGUUAUCCACGUCACAGUCUUGUGUCUUUCGAGAGCUGUUGAGAAAUCUGUGCACUUUUCAUAGAACUGCUAGUGGUGAAGGAGUUUGGAAACUCAAGCCAGAAUACUGCUGAUCAUCAUUACUUUCUAAACUUAUAAUUGACUUUUUCUAAUGGGAAUUUCUGAUUAUUAAUCCUAUGAUUAAUAAUCAUAUAUUUGUCGACGGAAGUUGGCUGCAUUUGAUGUUUACUUUGAAUGCUAUCUACCUCAUAAUUAAAACUUUAAGGAAGAAGAAAUUCUUCUCAGAAACCUAAAUGUUUUAAAAAUAGUUGCAUUGAUAUAUUUUUUUUUUUGGCACUAUGAAUUAUGUUACAAAAUCAGGGACCUAAUGGUUAAUUCUUGGAACACAUAUGUUUCUUUACCCAAAAGAUGCUGUCAGGGAGCAUAUUACUGCUCAUUUAGAAGUUUAUAGACCAGAAAUCUCAAGAAUUCUUUCUCCUGGUGCUAAAAACAUGUCUUAUAUUCGAUCAGACCCGUUCAAUAAAUUAGUUCAUCAAUACCUGAUAAUAGCAUCAUUUUUGGUGCGUAGCUUUUAAAUGUUAUCAUUUGUCACCCCAAAAAAGAUCAGAUUUGUUAUCUUUUGAAUCAUAUUAAUUGCCUUUAAACGAUCUUCCUUUUAAGGUACUGUUAGAUUGGCGGGUAGUUUUAUUAGUAAAGCAUGAAAUAGCUUGG